GCAUAUAAGCAAACCAUACAUUGCUAGAGACCCAUAGGAAAUAGAGAGCUCUCAUUGGUCCUAUUACAUUUGUGAUAACAUGAUAAAAUUAUCAAUAUUUUCAAAUUUUAUGCUUUUUCUAAUUAGAAUAGAUUUGUUAAUUAACAUUUUUAAUUAUUUAAUAAAAUGAUUUACCCACCAUCAUUUAAAUAUGAAAUUGUCAAAGAUGACAAUGUAAAUAUAACUUUAAGAUGUGAUGUGAAAUCUAUGGAAGACAUCAAUGUGUGGGUUGCUGAGUUUGGUAAAAUAAAUUAUUUAAAUUGGAACGUUAGAACUAGUGUUCCAAAUGGGCAGCGAAUUGUGUGUUCAAAAAACUUUGUUUGUCAACAUAGUGGAUUUCAGAAGCCUAGUAUAUCUGAAAAUCAAAAAGGAAUUUCGAAAAAUGCUGAAUGUCCAGCUAAGGUUAAGGCUGUUAUUAAACUGGACACAGUAUCUACAAGGAAGAAAGAUCCAUUUAUUAAGGUAUUUAUAAAUUCAAUUAAACUCAUAAUUAAUUUUUUUGUCUUUUUGUUUAGCUUGUGAAUUUGUCCAGAUCAUCUAUGGUAAUAUAUUAUUCUGAUACUAUUUUCAUUUUAAUUUUCACAAUUAGUUUUUUUUUUUUGCAGACUCCAAAUAUGUGUUAAAUUUGUGAAAUAAAAAUGAAUUCUACAUUUUUACAGAUUGAUUGACAAGUCAUAGUAAACAAUUUAUGUUAUGUCUGUCUGAUAAAAAUAAAUUGGUACUUUAAA